UGAGGCGAUGGCCGGCUGCGCGGGUCCCGCUCGGCACGCUCCCCGCCCUCCCUCCGUCCUGUCGGACCCGGGUCCCGCCGGGCACGGCGGUGGUAGGGGCCGGCCGAGGCGCGGAGGGCUCGGGGAUCUGCGCUGGGCAGCGGCGCCGCUCGGGUCCUCUCCGGCUGCCCGAUAAGCAGCGGGAGUAACGCGGCUGCUGGGUGAGUGUGAGUCCCGCGAAGGCCUGCGCGGCUUCAUGUAAGCUCUCCUGAUGUAUACAGGCGGUUCAGGGUAUUGAAAACCUGCCUUGUGAGCUGCAAAGGAACUUCCAGCUGAUGCGGGAGUUGGAUCAGAGAACAGAAGAUAAGAAAGCAGAAAUUGACAGUCUUGCAGCAGAAUACAUUGAAUUGGUGAAGAGCAUGUUACCUGAGGAACGAGUGGAACACCUGAAGAAAAUCCAGAGUGCCUACAGCAAAUGUAAAGAGUACAGCGAUGAUAAAGUCCAGCUGGCUAUGCAGACGUACGAGAUGGUGGAUAAGCAUAUCCGCCGGCUGGAUGCAGACUUGGCACGGUUUGAAGCAGAUCUGAAAGAUAAACUGGAAGGCAGUGACUUUGAAAACCCUGGCUCUCGAAGCCUGAAAAAGGGACGAAGUCAGAAAGACAAAAGAGGCUCUCGCGGUCGAGGCAGGCGAACAUCUGAAGAAGAUACACCAAAGAAAAAGAAACUCAAAGGAGGAUCUGAGUUUGCUGAUACCAUCCUGUCGGUGCAUCCCUCAGAUGUCCUAGACAUGCCAGUGGACCCCAAUGAACCUACCUACUGCUUGUGUCACCAGGUGUCCUAUGGAGAAAUGAUUGGCUGUGACAACCAGGAUUGCCCAAUUGAAUGGUUCCACUUUGCUUGUGUGGACCUCACCACCAAACCAAAAGGGAAAUGGUUUUGUCCUCGUUGUGUUCAGGAAAGAAAGAAAAAGAAGUAAGGAGUAGAGGGGAAUACAUCCUCUGAGGCAAGAAGAAUUUAAUAUAUUCCUUCAUUCAUGUUGCAAUAUUACCUUUGAUUUUUUUUUUUUUUUUUUUUUUUUUUAACCUACCCUUCUCCUUUUUCUGGUAUGUUAUUUAAUUGUCCAGCGGCCAGUUGUAAUUCCUGUUCUUUCACGAGAAAAUGACUUUGGGAGGGAGUCCCAAAUCCCUUUGCCACAGGGAUUUUAUUUAUGUUACACUUGCACAGCACUGAAAUUGGUGUUACUCUGAAGUGCUAGGGCACUCAGGAGCUGUAGUCUCUGCUACUUUAUAGGAGUCUGUGAAACCACGUAAGGCAUUGCAGGAGAAUGAACUACCUGUAUCUUCAGCAUGGUGCAUUGCCAUCGUGGAAAUAGUUUAGGCCUGGAGCUUGGCGUGGCAGAGAAAAAGGAAUUUUCUCUGAUGUAGCCUGCAUGAAAGAAGUAGGCUCUGUUGUUUAGGUGUGAAAUCGAUUUGUUCUGCAGCUUUGUAGUACAGAACGGAACAGGAAAGCUGGUUAACUGUUCCCAGUGUCCAUUUCCUCAAAGCCAAGUACUGUGCUUAGUUUUGACAGGGGAGGGAUGGGAGAGAGGUAUGGUCGUAUCUUCUCUUUUGGGGAAUUUCUUCUGUCUACCUUUGCACUGCCUUUAUUUUACUUCAUCUUGCCCCCAUUCACAUGAACCUUAACAGAAGCAGACCAUUUGACUUUUCACCUCCUUGUAGAAAAGGUUUGGGAGAAAACCUUUAAAUAGCAAAGGAAUUGUCCUGCAGUGUUUCUUAGUGACAGUAAUAUUGAGAGAGGGCACUAUCUUUCCUGGCUGUUUCCAUUUCUCUGAAGAUCCUUUAAGUACAUUACUGUGAAGAUAAAACCUACAGUAUUCUUGUAGAGAUAGAAGGUCGGGUUUGUUCAUAAAAUAGGAUGAAGGCCUGAUUUUUGUUACUUGUGUUUGCCUGUGUUGCACCUGGGUAAAUCAGGAAAAUAAGCCUUAGGGGAAGGCUCUGUAAAGAGGAUGUGUGUAUGUUCCCCUGAUGGUGUGGCAAAGCUGAAAGGUGGCCAUGUGGUAGCAUGGUGGGGGGUUUUGAAUUGCAUUUGGGAUGAAGCACUGCUAUUGAAGAAGGCUAUUCAGCAGGAAUGCUUUAAAAUGACUUCUUGUCUUUUUUUGGGGGGGGGGUGGUGGUGCACAUUUGCAUGUUCUUGACUUCUUUAAGCUGCCUUUCAGAUUAUGAAUGUGAAUCCUUGCUGUCAUCACAGUGUCAGUUGCUGCAGCGGAAGGAAGAGAAGGAAAUUGGGUGUAGGAAAACAAAAGUCUUUCUGUCUUUUUCCUUCCUCUGAGUUAUAGUGCAUGCAGAAGUUGAGGGAAGAGCAGAGACAACUCUUGUCUUCAUAUAUAUCCCGUGUAUUAUGGGGCUUACCUGCCCGCAAUAAAAGAUAUUGUAGGGAAAGGUGGUUCUGCUGGUGGAGGGGAAAAAAAAAAUAAAAGCCUCAAACCAAAAACCCCUGCAGCAGGAGGCACCAGGGUUCAUGAACUUUGCUGGCUGUGAUCCCUGAUGUGUGUUAAUGGCAGCUCUGUGCAGGGCUGUGUACUACUUUGCAUACCAUUGUGCAGGAGCUCUUGGUAUAGACUGCUGGAAAGGCAUUAAGAAACUUCCAGAUAAGCUUUUUUUGCUGCUGUAAAAACAAUCUGAAUAAACAGUACGGAAGGAAAAAAAAAAAAAAAACCCAA